AUGGAUGACUUAGAAGCAAUUAUGAAUCAGCUAAAUGACCUGAAAUUAGAAGAAAACCCAGAUAAUCCUGAGGCAGACCUUACUGAGAAGUUAGCAGGGCUCAGUGUUGAAGAGUCCCCGUUUGGUAGAAACACCCAAGAGGUGAUUAAGAAGAUAGGCUCUUUAGAAGGAGUUCAAAAUAUAGUAACUUGCCUGUCGAAUUCUGAUCUCACAGGGAUUCCUUGUAAGGAUCUUUGUAUUCUGUAUACUACAGAAGAGGAAAAAUUAGUUCUGAUCAGUCUCAUCGGAUCCUGACAGCUAUUACAAAUGAAAGAUGCUCCUCUUGACAAAAUGAUUGAUUGGAACCUGGUAAAUUUGCUAAUGAAUUUAAUUCAAAAUUCCGAAGAUCCGACUGUAAAGGUAGAAAUUACUAAUUCUUUCUCAACCUUGUUCAAAAGCAACGAAUGAGCUCUUGAGAUGCUUCUAAUGGAAGGAUUUUUGCCCCUUGUUAUUAAUAAUUGAUUCUGUAAUGACGAACAAUUAAAAACUGUAUCUUUCCAAAUGCUGCUUAAUAUUUGCAAACUAAAUGAAAGAUACAUUGAAUUCAUGCUCCAAACAGGGAGAUUUGUAUCCUUAAUUGGAAUUCUUAAGAGGGUUCCAGUUGACUCUGACUUACAAGCCCAAAUCAUUCAAUUUGGUAGAAUUGUCAUUUCCAGUCAUGAUAGUUUCACUGCUGAGGAAGUUAAUCAACUUCUUGAAGACUUGACAAAUUCUCUGAGUAUUAUAAGUAAAUUUAACAUCCAGCAGAACUGAAUACAUGGAAUCGAGUCCCUAAUAUCAGAAGGGUUUGAGAAUAAUAUACUCAUUAAGUACCAGCUAAAGGGAUACUUAGAGACAAUUAAGACCAAUCUGGACAUGGAUGAUCCUUCUCAAUCAAACCUUUGUUCAACAAUCACUAAUAUUUUAUCUGAGAUAGAGGAAAAAGAGGCCGAAGAUGAUGGCUCUGUUCAGAGCGGAAUGCUAGCCAAACAGGAAGAGGUCUUUCGUGAUCAUUCUGACGAUGUGAAAAUUAAGUACAUCAGGCUACUUAGUUUGAAUAUUAUUGACAGCAAAGAGAAUAUAGUCGAAUUAAGUCCUCAUCUAAUGGUCCUUGUUAAUAACUACUCUGAGUUUCAAGGAAGGAUCCUUUCAAUGAUAGUGGAAGCUGCCUACAUUCUUCUGACUAGAAUACCUUCAGAGACAAUUAUUGAGAUCAUAAAAGCUACCAGCGGUGAUCUAGGGUCAUUCUUGAUCGAUAACUGAUCUACUUUUGCAAGCAACAGAAGAAUCUUAGUAAAACUUCUUGUCUCACUGGAAAAGUUUUGCGAAGUCUUUUCUAAAGCAAGUGAUGAUGAUCAAAGAGUUUUUGACCUGUACAAAGAAUUUGCCACAAGUAUUCCUCAACAUGUGAUAGAUGGAGUAAACCCAAGUGAAGCCGAGAACGAAAUGAACUCUGUCUUUCCCAAAGCAAAGGCUUUGCUUGCCCAUAUUAAAUCUGAGGGAUGUUAA